CGAGUGCUUCAGUCCGUUUCUAUCCACCAUUUCAAAAGCCAAGAGUGUGAGUGUUGUUUCUGGAAUGUUGGAACGCAGCUGUGUUCACGGGGAUCCUCCCUUAACAUAUUAAGGACCGUUCCUGAGUUUUCUUGUAUUUCGCGUUCCGUCUGUUUCGGAUGAAUCACGAAAUAAUCCGUGUUUUCUACAUUUGCUGGUUAAAUCCUUGGUCUGCCAAGAAUCUAACAAGGCCUACCGAUGGCUCGCCUUCGUCUCAUCCACACCGAAGGAAACGAUCUCAUUCGUGGUAUCCGAACAAAUGAAGUGUUCAAGUUUGCCCCAAAAUGUGCGGUCCCAGGCGUAUGUCUUACAGAUUUAUUUGCGGUCCUCAAUGUGUUAACAGCUUUUGCAGCCCCUUCCAUUCGAUAGUUCGUCUAUAACUUCCUGUUGCUCUUGCAAAUACAGUUAGUGGAAAUCUGUUAAAAAAAGAAAGGGGUAAUAAUCAAAUUGUUUUCGAUACAAAAUGUCUUGUUAACAAUAAGAACCUUAUUUUCUGCGGACAAAAACUUACAUCGAACUGGUCUUCGUAGAUCACUUUUAUGUUUUUAUUCACAACUAGCUGAUCCGGCAAACUUCGUCCCGCCCAAAAUUUGUUUUUUGUUAUCAAUAUCUUCAAACAUUCACGUUUUCUUACUAUGAGCAAGUUCAUGGAUCCAAUCGCAGAACUGUUCAUUGAAUGGUCUUCUAUUCGACCCCGUUGAAUUUACCUUUUACUAAAAAAAAUCCUAGUACUUCUAGCAAAACUCAUCAUUAUAAUAUCUGAUUAUUUUCAGACACAAUUCUCGUUCAAGAUUUUUCAACCACAUGCAAAUAACAUGUUUCUCCGCAUGGAAUAAAUGUUUGAUAUAGAAAAUAUGAUUGAAGAAAGACAGACCCCUCCCCUCUUCUCCCCUUAGAGAGGGGGGAGGAGUGUCUAUUCACCAUAGAAACGUUAGGUGCCCCCUAAAAUCUUCACAUGCCAAAUUUGGUUCCAUUUGCUUGAUUAGUUUUCGAGUUAUGCAGAAAUUUGUUUUUCAUUUGUAUGACAGCUCACUCCAAGAGAGGGGGGAGGAGUGUCGAACCACCACAGAAACAUUUAUUGCACCCAAAAACCUCCAUAUACAUAAAUUUGGUUUCAUUUGCUUGAUUAAUUCUCGAGUAAUACAUAAAUUUGGGUUUCAUUUGUGUUGGGGGUCGGUUCGUUGAUUGAGUUUUGACUUGAUUUUUUCUUCCAAAUCUACGUUGUGAAAAAUGUCCUUCUUUUCCGGAGACAAAAUUUUCCACGUCCGUUCGUUUCGAAGGUUCGAUUUAUUAUAGUCUAUUCUGAUGAUUUUUAUACAGUUGCAAUUUUUCAUAGCAUGGUUUACUAAUUUUCCUAAUUUAAUUUCUCAUCAGCUAUAAUAAUAUUUCAGGGGCAAACAAUUUGUAUGGCAGCCCUCCUAAGAGGAGUAUCUAACCACCAUAGGAACAUUCAUUGCACCCUAAAACUUCCACAUGCCAAAUUUGGUCUCGUUUUCUUGAUUAAUUCUCGAGUAAUGCAGAAAUUUGUGUUUCAUUUGUAAGGCAGAUAUCCCCCCCUCUUAGAAAGGGAGAUGGAGUGUCUAACCACAGAAACAUUUAUUUCAUCCUAAAACCAAAUUUGGUUUCAUUUGCUUGAUUAGUUCUCGAGUAAUGCAUAAAUUUGUGUUUCAUUUGUAUUGCAACUCCCCUUUAGGCUGAUGUCACAUUAAGCCUGGUUUAGAGUUCCCGUGAACGUGAACUUGAACAGGUGGUGAAAUAGUAUGAUCAUUUCACGGUGAACUAUAUUGCGAACAAACAACUUAACAAAUCGUGGUGAAUAGAACGUUUUCGUUCACGUUUACGUUCAUAUUAAAAGUUCGGCAGUGAACGUGAAGUAUAUAAACAUUGAGCUUCAAUAAAGUAAUUCGGAUAAAAUAUACAGUUGUUUACGAAUCAACCCGAAGCAAUGAAGUUUUUCAACCCGCGCAGAGAUCUGAUUAAAUGAAAUAGCAUCCAUAUCAAAAUUUUCAUUGAAAACUUGAGAAUUGCAUAUCCUUUUACAGUUCACGGUGAAAUAAUUUUCAGAAUGCCUUGGGACAUUCGAACGUGAACAUGAACGAGGAAACAUUUUGACGUCUAUAUUCACCACUGUUUCCACGUUCACGUUCACCGAAGUCGGUGAACUAUGGUGAGUUCACCAACAUCUCGAUUCUACGGUGGAAAUUCAGAAUCGUUGUGAAAUAUUGAAUCAAUCCUCUUUUAUCAAUAUGAAUUGCGUUUGAACAUGUUUUUUAACUAGAAAAUGUUUCUUCCAAUCGUUUCAAGAUGUUUUCCUCGCGUUUUAUAUAUGGGCUGAUGAAUUAUUAACAAAAAAGUGUUUGUCCGCGUUCACGUUCACGGGAACUCUAAACCUACCUUUAGGCGGAUUUGCCACCGCGGAUUCCGCGAGUAAAACCGCAGCGGAGGAUCUACAGUGUAUUGUGAAUGAGCCAUGUCACACAGAGCGGGGCGGCUUUGGAAGCGAUUUUCAAUCGAGAAAAAAAGCGAAUCCGCCUAAUGUGACAUCAGCCUUAGAGAGGAGGGUGGAGUGUCUAACCACCAUAGAAGCAUUUAUUGCACCUUGAAACCUUUAUAUGCCUAAUUUGGUUUCAUUUGCUUGAUUAAUUCUCGAGUAAUGCAGAAAAUUUGUGUUUCAAUUGUAUAGCAGCAAACCACCCCCGCCAAUGAAAAUAGCCAUCUCGAUUCUUCAUACGGGGCUUCCUGCAAAAUGAAAAAAAAAACCUUUGGCUAUAUAUUAGCUAUUUUAUUAGCGGACUUCAUUUACUAGUGCCGCAAACAUCAAAAUUUUCAAAAUUUGAGUUUUUCAAAACCGUAAAAUCACUCAAGGGGGGAGUACCAGAAAUCGGAGUGCACUGAGUGCAAGCGAAUGUAAUCCAUUUGAUUCAGUGUUUUAUACUUCACUCUACGAAUAUAAUCAAAACAAUGCGAUUUUCAUCUGCUUAAGGUGAAGGCGGAACCUGAUGGAAUGAAGCCAUUGUAGUAGUAUAGGUAAAACCACGUGUUGCUAUGGGGUAAUAGUGUUUGUGAGAGAAGAGCAAAGCACAUCUUAUGUUUCGAUUUUUGUAUGUAAAAAGAACGAUUCACUUAUACUGUGUGGCGCUUCACUGACACGAGUCUUAGAGUACAUUUGAAAAAUAACAAUCAAUACUGAAGUAAAAUGUAUAAACGAUGCUUUCCGAUGAACAAUUGCAAAUAUAUCAGAUUCUUCGCCGAUUGCCCGAAGUAACCAGACGAAGGAAAGUCGCGUCCAAGUUCCGUUAUCGGUUACCGCGUGAUUGUUGUUUUUUUGCCGCUGAAGAGUUCAUUUCGCUAUCUGGAUAGUGAGUGAAGUGCCCUGCCUGCAAGUGGAUAGAGGCUUUCAUCCUCGGAAAGCCAAGCAUUGGUUUUUGUUUUGUCGCUGCUUCGCCGACAUUGGAGAUUUCGCCGAGUCAUCGUGCCAACAGUGACAGUGCGGGUAAGCUUUCACCGACGACUGUGUGUAGUGGUGUCGUAGGCACAUUCCCACCACCAACGAGCUUUCAGCACGCUGCCGUUCAUCUGCACUGGAGUGCGUUCAUAGAAUAUAAGUGAAAAUUUAAAAUGGCAGAGAGUGGGGGACCUUCGGAUAUGGAGGUCUCUGACUCUAGUUCCCUCCUAACGGAUAAAAAAAAGUCACUCAAACGUGUUCCAAAUACGGAAGAUACUUCUUCUGGGGACGAGUCAGCUAACCCUACCAAGCCUCCCUCCAAAAAACUAGCAAAUCUCCCAUCUGCCCUUAACGAUCCCACUCUACCUUCAACCUCGUCUUCUCCCUCUGUUCUUCCCGCUCCUUCUCAACCUUCGCCUUCCCACUCUCAAUCCCCGUCCUCGCCUUCCCCCUCUGUUAUUCCCACUCCCCGUGUAAAGGUCUAUCCAGAAGAUGCGCCCGGAACUGGUCCCUGGGUUGUUUUCUUCAGGCCUAAGCCAAAUGGAAAGGCGUUGAGAGUCAUGCAGAUCGCGAAAGAUCUGGCAAGGUAUACCUCCGUUUCGGAAAUUUCGAAGGUUAGACCAAACAAAUUGCGAGUUGUCGUGAAUGAUCGAAAAGACGCAAACAAGAUUGUUGUCGAUCAGCAUUUUACAAUUGAGUAUCGGAUCUACAUUCCCUCUCACAUAGUCGAAAUUGAGGGUGUGAUAACCGAAACGGGCUUGACGUGCGAAUACAUUACGAGUGAAGGUACCGGCCGUUUUAAAAAACUGCCCUCGACGACUGUUAAGAUCUUGGGUUGCCGCCAGCUCGGAACAGUCUCCCAUGAAGGAGAAGAAAAGAAAUUUACGCCGUCCAACUCGUUUCGAGUCACCUUCGCUGGUUCAGCUCUCCCUGACUACGUGAUGGUAGAUAAAUUGAGGUUAGCCGUGCGACUUUUUAUUCCAAAGCCAAUGACUUGUGUAAAGUGCAAGUCAGUUGGUCACACGGCUGCUUAUUGUGCCAAUAAAGAACGAUGUGCCACUUGCGGAGAACAACAUGAGGGGAAAUCCUGCAGUGCGACUGAGCAUAAGUGUCCAUAUUGCGGGGGAUCCCCACACGUGCUCUCAGCUUGUGAAACAUACAAGGCUCGCUGGGAGAAACAGAAGCGCUCUUUGAGGGAACGCUCUAAACGCACUUUCGCAGAAAUUUUGAAGGGCGCUUCUCCACUGGCUCAAGAACAACAACCAAUCAAUAUACACAAUGUCUUCGCUACGUUGCCAGUUGACGAAAUGGAAGCGGAUACAGCUAACGGGGGCACGCUGUUUAUUUCUCAAGGGAAUCCCCGGCGCAAAAAUGUGACCACUCCCAAAGUUCAAGGACAAGUCCCUCCGGUGAUACCCCCUGUUAGCUUGCCCAAAAAAUCGAGUGCAGCGGAUAAGCAAAAUCAGGUCCCUCCUGGCCUCCGUGGUAAUAGUUCACCUUCGAACGACCCAGCACUCGAGGGGACAUCAAAAACCCCAACUGUCCCUGUUUUUCCGUCAAGUUCAACUUCCCAAUCGGGAUUUAUAAAGUUGUCUGACCUUGUGGAUCAAAUCUUCACGUGCUUUAAUGUUUCCGACUCCAUCAGAACCAUUGUCACCGCAAUGCUUCCAGUACUAAAGACAAUUUUGCAGCAAUUGAUGCAAACAUGGCCCCUCCUUGCAAUGAUUAUCUCUCUUGAUGUCUAAUUUAAAUAGAGAGGUCGGAGAUAUCACUGUUUUACAGUGGAAUUGUCGUAGUCUUAUCCCUAAAUUGGAUACAUUCAAAUUUCUAAUUCAUAAACUCAAUUGUGAUGUUUUUGCUCUAUCCGAAACCUGGCUCUCUUCUCAAAAUGAUCUCUCUUUCCACGAUUUUAAUAUAAUACGCUUGGACCGCGAUGACAGAUACGGAGGGGUACUAUUGGGGAUCAAUAAGUGCCACUCAUUUUUUCGAAUUGACCUUCCAUCUAUUGGAGGGAUCGAAGCUGUUGCUUGUCAUGUAAACAUCAGAGGCAAAGACCUCUGUAUUGUCAGCUUGUAUUGGCCUCCGAGAGCUGCGGUUAGCCGCAAGCAACUUGUUGACAUGUGCUCACUCCUUCCUGAGCCACGAUUAAUCUUGGGAGACUUCAACUCUCACGGAACUGCCUGGGGGGAACCGUACGACGAUAAUCGUUCGUCGUUGAUAUAUGACCUUUGUAACAGCUUCAAUAUGACCGUUUUGAACACUGGGGAAACAACACGUGUACCUAAACCUCCUGCUAACCCAAGUGCUCUUGACCUCUCGCUUUGCUCGAAUUCACUAUCGUUAGAUUGCAAGUGGAAUGUAAUCCAGGAUCCCAAUGGUAGUGACCACUUGCCAAUCAAAAUUACUAUCACCAAUGGGUUGAAUUCUUCUGAAUCAAUAAACAUGGCAUACGACCUCACAAGACACAUUGACUGGAAAAAAUAUGCGGACGCGAUUGCUCUAGCCAUCAAUUCCAGAGAUGGUUUGCCUCCAUUGGAGGAGUAUAACUUCAUUUCUCGUUUGAUCUAUGACAGCGCGGUUCGCGCUCAAACGAAACCCAUCCCAGGUUCCACUAUUCGUCGAAGGCCUCCCAAUCCAUGGUGGGAUAGCCAGUGUUCCAAGCUUUAUGGAGAUAAAUCGAAUGCAUUUAAAGCUUUUCGGAAACGUGGAACCAUUGAGAAUUUUCAAACGUAUUUGGACCUUGAAAAUCAAUUUAAAAACUUGAUCAAAGGGAAAAAACGUGCUUAUUGGCGAAAUUUCGUGGGAGGUUUGUCACGAGAAACGUCAAUGAAAAAAUUAUGGACAGUGGCUCGAAACAUGAGAAAUCGCUCUUCAUCCAAUGAAAGCGAGGAAUAUUCACAUCGAUGGAUUUUUAAUUUUGCACGAAAGGUUUGUCCCGAUUCCGCUCCUGUGCAAAAAAUUGUUCGAGAUAUACCACAUGAUAGGUGCGAUCUUGAUUCCGAGUUUUCGAUGGUAGAAUUCUCUCUUGCUCUGCUUUCAUGUAACAAUUCUGCUCCGGGAUCGGAUAGAAUUAAGUUCAACUUGCUGAAAAACCUCCCUGAUGUGGCGAAACAUCGCUUGUUGAAUUUAUUCAAUCGGUUUCUGGAGCAUAAUAUUGUUCCAGAUGAUUGGAGACAAGUACGAGUUAUAGCUAUUCAAAAACCCGGAAAACCCGCGUCCGACUUCAAUUCGUACCGCCCAAUAGCAAUGCUGUCUUGUAUACGGAAAUUGUUGGAGAAAAUGAUCUUGUUUCGCCUUGAUCGAUGGGUUGAAACGAAUGGCCUACUCUCAGAUACACAAUAUGGGUUCCGCAGGGGCAAGGGGACGAAUGAUUGUCUUGCGUUGCUUUCUUCAGAAAUUCAAAUGGCUUACGCCGAAAAAAAACAAAUGGCUUCAGUAUUCUUGGACAUAAAGGGGGCCUUUGAUUCUGUUUCAAUAGAGG